AUGGUCAUCUCCUGGUCUUCGACCUACGUGCGCUAUACGAUCUUGCGCUUUGGCUGCUGCGUUUGGUGGCUGCUGGGGCGCUACGCCUUGCACUCCGAUUUGAUCUUCCUGGACAAGGACCUCACUGGCUGCUUGUUUUCGGCUCUGCGCAAGCCCCUUGGACCUCUGGCUGCAGCGCUGGGUCUUGAGCUGGCCCAAUCUUUGCUGGCUGCAGUACUGGGUCCUGUGCAGACCCUACCUUCUUCGACUUCGGUGCUGGGUCCCGAGCAGACCCGAUCUUUCUCAGGUUGCUGCGCUGGCCUUGAGCAGGCCGUGUUCCCCUGCCUUGGCAGUUUCUGGCCCUGCGCAGGCCGCAAGAACUACUUGGAGGUGAGCCUGGUUGCAGAGACCUUUGGCCAGAACUAUACUAUGGCGACUGGCUCAUCCCAUCCGGAAAUUCCGUUGGAUGAGUAUCGGAAAGAUGUGCCACCGGGCUGGGAGCCUGGGAAUCCGAAGUACCCUUUGAAAUCCUUCUUGGAAAGGGUGAAGAUGUGGUACCGUCUAUAUGACGGUCCUGAUGAGGCUGUCGGCCCCUUCUUGGCCGGGCGCUUGCGAGGGCGAGCGCAGCUGGAUCCCACUGGCCACAUCGACAUCGGCAACAGCGCAUUGGUGCGGCUUUCUGUUGAGGAGGUGUUGGACCCGCUGACAGGUGCCGUGAUACAGGCUGCAAUCCCCAGCGGAGUUCAACCCCUUCUACAUGCGCUACGAAGUGCCUUUGGAGAAGCUGAACAACUUCAAGCUACAAAGGCGUUGGAAGUGUUCUUUGAGUUUCGUCGAGGUCGUCUUCCAAUCCCUGAGUGGAGUGUGCAGUGGGAGCUCAACCUGGAAGAGGCUGUGACGCAUGCUGGACUGGAGGUGAACCAGGUGGCGAAGACGUACCUGGGCCAGAAGUCAAUCGAUGAUCUUCUCCUUCAAGUUCAUGGAGACAUGAGAAGGUUUGAGGACACAGCCGAGGAGAACACCUACUACGACGACAACGACUCAUGGAGCACCGUUACAGGUUGGCACAGCGAUGCCGAGGCCUACUAUUAUGAUGAUGACCACACCGGUGAACAAGGUGAAUGGCAAGAGCCUUGGUACGAGGCUGGAUAUCAUGAGGAACCAGCCGAUGCCGAAGAGGAGACCCCUGCAGAGCCUUCGAACAACAUGGAUGAGAGCUACUACAAGGGCAAGGGCAAGUCUCGCACUGGCUCCAUGGGCUUGGGCUGCUCUACAUGCGGCUCGAAGUGUCACAGCAUUCACAGCUGCCCUUUGAACAGUCAGUCGCAGUCCAAAGGAUACGGCAAGUCCAAGGGCUUUGGCAAGAACUUUGGAAGACCCAUGAGAAAAGGAUUUGGCAAGGGCAAGUACAAGGCUUAUGGCAAGGGAAAAGGAAAUCCCUACAAGGGGUACGGCAAGAGAAGCUUCUGGUCUGACGAUCUUCCUCAAAGCUUUGGUGAGCGCAUCUGUGGACUACUUGUGGAUCCUGGAGCGGCUAGCGGGCUGAUUGGCACCGACACCUUGAAGGAGUUGCUGGAGGCUGGAAUGGUGCUGAAGAACCGCAAGGAGGAAGUCUCCUGCAUGGGGCCCAAGUACAACAACUGUCACAGAUCAGCAGUGUUGACGCAGUGGUUCGACAACGGAGAUGGCAUUCUGGUCUGCUCGGCCAAUGGUGAGCGACUUGACCAUCCUGAAGCACACCUUGUUGUUCUACGACUUUUGCUGACGGAAUCAGGACAAUAUAUCCUGCCAGUCAACAACAAGCAGAAGGAUGUGGAGCUCAACAAUGCCGAGAAGUCCCGAAUCAAGUCAAUGCUGCAAGGACUUCAACCCUGCCAAUCGACAACACUGGAGCAGUCUGGGAAUUCCCAUCGAGAUCAAUCCGACCACUCUGACAAUGAUGCCCAACACGACAUCAAGCACUACGACAAGACCAACCUUCGAUCUAGCGAUGCCCAACACGACACAAGUCACGACGAUCAACCUCAAUCUGGUAAUUAUGCCACCAAAGGUAAACUGCAGUUCACUGCGGAGAGAAACCUGGCCAAUGGACUUUGCACUGGAGCCAGUCCUGGACUUAUGACUGGAACCAGUGAUGGACUUUGUGAUGGCCAAAAGCAGGUUGCUGAUGACGAACCUCCGAUCCAGGUCCUCUUGGGCAAUGACUACAACCUGGAGUACGACGAGAUGGAGCACACCUAUGAGGGCGAUGUCUUUCCUGGGCACUUGCCUGAAGGAAUGCUGAAGUACUUGCAGAAGAUGUACAAGGCAGUACCCGAAGAGUUCUACAGCAAAUCGAACAAAGCCCCGGUGACUCCGAGAAAUGCCAGGCCAUCGGUCAUGGAUGAAGAAGCGACGUGGCUCGAUCUUUCACUUCGAUCUGGGAAUGGUGCAGAACGAGCUGAAGAAAUGCCGACCAUUGAGUACAUCAAGAAGAAGAUCAAAGAAAGAGCCAAGCGGAAGAAAGGCAACAUCCUUGAACAGCCGUGGUCUUCCGAUCCCCUCGAGAUCAGUGUGGCUGAUUGGGAUCUCUUGGUGGGUUCGCUGCAGAGUAAGCGACACAGCAAACUCCAAGCUGUAAUGACAACCCACGUCGACGACAUUGCCGUCUGUGGUGGCGCUGAGUUCCUUGAGAAGGAGUAUGCUUUUCUUAGUGGCCGAUUUGGCAAGAUCUCCGUGCAACAGCCUCCUUUCAACCACUGUGGAAGCCGGUACAACAAAGUUGCGUCUAGCUUCUCUAUCGACCAGCAGGAGUUCAUCGAUAGGAUGAAGGUCAUGGACUUCAAAGACCUUGGUGAUGAUCAAAGCAGACCUUUGGCACCGGCUGAAACAUCAACCUUGCGGCGCAGUAUCCUAGGUGGACUUCUUUGGAUCACAGCGACAAGGCUGGAUUUGGUGGCUGACGUUGGAGUUCUACAGUCACGCGUGACAAAGGCGACAGUGCAAGACUUGCACCUGGCCAAUGCCAUUGUGAAGAAGGACAACCUCAACUUCAACAGCCAGGUUCACUCCAUCACUGGACUUGAAGUGAGUGAAGAACAUUUUGCAGGAGACGCCCACAUCUUGUUUUCCCACGGUGCCAAGGCAAAACGAACCAGCUACUCAACUUCUAACUCUGAGAUUGCUGCCAUUUCUGGUUUGGAGACAGCUUCACUGGUGGCUCUACGUUUGGCCGAACUUUUGGUUCCAACGGAGAAGCCAACUUUGCUGCCGCUGGCUGCGCUACAAGAAGCUGAAGCACCUUUUCUUCCAGUUGAUGCGAUGACUGAUUGCAAGGACUUCUACGCACUCACGACUGGUGGCAGUGCUCUACCUCAAGACCGUUCUCAACGAGUCUACAUUUUAGCUCACCGUGAAGCCCGGCUUUGUGGACGCCUACGGGGUGAUUCUUGUGCCAACGCAAUCAAUGGUGGCAGAUGCGCUGACGAAGCCGAUGCUGAGCAGACAGAUGACUUGGAAGCUGGAGACAAGAAGUGGAUCAACACAAUGAUGACCACCGCUGACAUCAAAGCCGUGCAGAGCUUUGCUACGUCAGGGACUUGGACUACGACCAUGUGCUGCUGCUACAUCCUGGACAUCACGUUCAAGCUUUUGGUUGGUGGCCACGCUGUGCGCAUGGCAGAUGACACAAGGAUCGCCGAUCCACGACCUCCUCAACCAGAGCCUGAUGCUGAGGCUGACGAAGGGGGUUCGGUCCAUCAACCCGAAGUGGAGCGAGCAUUCGAUCUGGCAGCUUCGAGGUCCCGAGAUAACAGUCCACACGGACCCAACUGGAGUGGAGAAGGUGAAGACAGUGAGAAUGUGGAGAGCGAAGAUGCGGCUCAAGAUGGACAUCUGAUCAAUGGAGCAGACUUGGACGAAGUUCAUCAUGAUCUCACUGCGCAUGAGCGUCGUGAAGCUCGUCUACGCAACUUGCUGCACAUCAUGACGAUCGAGUCCAACAACCUUGAGAUGCACUUGCAUGCCUUGACACUGCGCCACAGGCGUGCUGCGACUCUUCCCGAGAUCAGAUCAUCGAGCUCUACACACACCAAGCACCUUCACUGGAUCCUCCUGGCGCUUACGCUGGUGCCGAACUUUUCGGGACGGCGACAUCUCCCGAUGGCAUUCCGCGAUUCUUCAUACAGGCGCCUGAUCUACAGAGCCGACUGGAGAAUGUCUACGGCCGACCGAGUGU